GACUCCUUUCAUUGCAGCCCCGAGCGGCAUUAAGGCAUCUUUGUUCCGAAAAGCUUGCAAGUAAAACGCUGGAAGAUAUUUCGGUGUUCAUGAUCACUUGGUCAAGAAAGAAGAUUAAGAAACUAAAAAAGGUGAACGUGCUUCUAAGAGGGUGGCUAUCCAUAACCGCGUAAAGAUGCUCGGCGAGUGCCUGAUAAUUCUUGCGGCGCUAGUAAUCCCGGCGGUGUACUUGGAAGAGUUACACGGCGGCGUGUACCAGUUCAGCCAGACGGAAUUGUUCCACAAGAAGAACAGCUGCAAAACCAUUCCGAGCACCCUGCUUCUGUGCAAUGAUAUCGAGUAUAACGAAAUGCGGCUGCCCAAUCUGCUGGGGCACGAAACCAUUAAGGAAGUCCUGCAGCAAGCCAAUUCGUGGAUUCCUCUGGUGCACAAGCAGUGCCACCCUGACACCAAGAAGUUUCUGUGUUCUCUCUUUGCUCCAGUGUGCCUGGACGAGGUGGACGAACCCAUCGAGCCGUGCAGAUCGCUUUGUGAACAGGUCAAGGAGAGCUGCGCCCCCGUCAUGCUGGCGUUCGGCUUUCCUUGGCCCGAUAUGCUGGAAUGUAGCCGCUUCCCCGUGGAUAACGACCUGUGCAUCCCACUGAGCAAUCCCGAUCAACUGGUACAUCCUACACAAGAAGUGCCCAAGGUUUGUGACGCGUGUAAAGAUAACGAAGAAGACGACAACGAGAUUGUAGACAACCUCUGUAAAAAUGACUUUGCCCUGAAGAUAAAAGUGAAGGAGAUCUCGUACAUCAACGGGGACACCAAAAUUAUCCCGGAGACAAAGAGCAAAACGAUCUAUAAACUGAAUGGAGUGACGGAGCGCGACCUGAAGAAGACCGUGCUGUGGCUUAAAGACGGCCUGCAGUGCACCUGCGACGAGAUGAACGACAUCAACGCCCCCUAUUUAGUGAUGGGACAAAAGCUCGGCGGGAACCUGGUCAUAACCUCAGUGAAGAGAUGGCAGCGGGGACAGAGGGAGUUUAAGAGAAUCUCGCGCAGCAUCCGCAAACUGCAGUGUUAAUCGGCGCCUCCUCGCCUCCCCUCUCGAAAAGAAGUGAAUGAAAUAAACGACACACAUCGGUAACAUUCAGCUAAAAGUGACUUGAAAGUGUCCGCUGCCAAAAGUUCAUUCAAAUGCAUGUCCAAAGAUGACUCGCGUAAGCGUAAAUGACUACCUGACCAGAACACCCCUCCAUUUACUUUGCAGAGGCACAUAACUUAAGCCGGCUAAGGGUUGGAGUUCACCUUUGGACUGCAGUCACACGCCUUUCGGAAUUUGGCUUGAGAUAAUCGUAGGUUGUAUAGAAUGUGACAUUUGUAGUAACAUCAAUAAUACUCUAGGGGGCGCUGUAUGCCCGGAAAAAGUGGUGCCUUUCCCGUUAUCAAGCAAAAAACAUUUGUGUUUUCCAUUGCUCGUUUUGACAGAAGGGUUUCUGGACAGGCAAUUAUUUGCCCUUACAACUUACGGUCACAUUUUUAUAGACACUUUCUGCAUGAAACACGUGAAUGUUGACCUGACAAUCAUUCGUUUGUCAUUUUUUUUUUAUUUUUAUGUUUUUGCCUGGAGCCGGGAGCUUCGAUUUUUCGUUCUCAGUUUAAUUUUUAAUAACCAAAACUAGUUUAAUAGCCUCUUGCUUUUUGAUCCAUACAGCAUUUACUUUAUACGGUAUUGAGCUUACUGCUCCCAGUUGUGCUUUAGAAAGGAUGCGUGUGUUCGUAUUGAAGAACUGCUGCGUUGAUAUUCGUUUGUGGGGUGGCUGUUAAGUUGGAAUGCUUCCAUUCGUUCAUCCAUCCAUUUUUAUAAGCUUUAUGUAUCAUAGUAUGGAGGAAUAUUUCGGACUACAUAAAAUAAAUACAAUUAAUGUGAGUGAUGAUAAUAAUAACACGAAAUGUGAGUAUCCAUCCAUUUCCGAAACACGAAUGUAGAGGAGCUGGAGUCAUUUCCAGCAAGUUUAUAUAUUAAUUAAACAUGUCAGGAAAUAUAUGUUUUGUCGCUUAUUUCAUCAUGUGUGUAUGUUAGUAACACCAAAGCCGUAAAAUAAAAAUCGUCACCUUCACUCGUCAAAGUUGGGAGGGUGGGCUCUAUCCUGUAUUGUUUUCUGAUUGGUGAGUCGUUCGCUUUGCCUGCAUGGGGAAUCCCGUGGCUCGUGCGCAUGCUCAAAAUUGUGACCGCGCGUGCACGAGGAAGUUGCCCAGAAUUUCUGUUCAAAGCGCCACUUUAAAGGUAACUCUGAAUUCAUCACUAUGAAGCGUCUGCUCUAAAUGUGACACUUGAAGACCGAAGAUUUACCGACCAUUGGCCAAUAGGAAAACAACAUUUGGUAGAACCCACUUCUCAACUUUGAGAAGUGAAAGUGACAGUUUCCUUUCAGGCCUUUAUUCGUAUUAUUGCGGUUUCACUAAAAUAAAUAAAAAAGGAAAUAAAUAAAUACAUAAUGUAGUAACCAAGAAAAAUACAUUUCGAGAUUCAUUAAUGGACCAGCCAGGGGCUGUUGUGCUAUGCGCCCAAUGUUUCUUCGUUGGGCUGCAGCUUCCCAGCGACCCUUCAAAGGGUUUAAAAUGGAUGUUUAAACCCACAUUCCCAACUGUUACACUUUCUUUAAUCGUCACAAUUCACAGUCCGUUAAUUUACUUGCGUAUUUAUUUUAUUUUGUCCGAAAUAUUCCUCCUAUGCAACACCGUGUCGCGAAUCCCGCUGUCCCGCCAGGGUGUAAGGCAGGAACCAACCCCGGACGGGAUGCCAGUACCUCGCACUAUUAUAUAUGUUAUUUGAGUAAAAAAAACAAUGAAUUUUGGUAUUUGUGUGUGUCUGUUCGGCUAACGGAUGGAUGAUUUUAUUGAACCUCAUCUGGAAUUAGUCGUUGAGUUUCCACACCAAGACAGAAAUGUUCGAUGGUGCGCAAUUUUAAGAAAUGUAAAGAAAAGAAGUAAACUCGUGUACUUUUAACAGUUUUUCUUUUAAUUAAUUCAGUCCUGCAGAAUUUAUUCAUUCAAAGUUUUAAGGCAAACAAUUAAAAUUAAGCGAGAUUCAAGGUCAAAUAAAACAAUUUUCAGAAAUCCUGACGUGUGACUUACCAGACCUCCAUUUUCUGAACACGAAUAGUUUACAGGUAGGAACAAAUCCCGGAUGAGAGGUCAGUUCAUCACAGGACGUGUUUAACACACACGUUAGCGAGCCGUAUCAGCCUAAUGCACGACUUUGGGAUGUGGCAGCAAAUCGUCGAGUCUCCAGAUUACCCAUACAUGUGCGAAAAUGAUUUGAAGCGGGCAGGCUGAUAAGCCAAUUGAAACCCAUGCUGUUACAUUGGCACUGGGAGGCAUUUGGGGACAUACAAACUCCACGCAGGGACCACCCGAGGCGUAAAGCCCGGAGUUCUUGUUGCGAGGCAGAAGUUCUAACACUGCGCCACCCUGCUAUUUCUGUACUCAGAAGUGCUGCGUCCCUGCUGCAGCUAGCGGCAUUUAAUGUAAUGCUGUUGCCAUGAUAAGGUGUUUAGGAGUUAUUACUUAGUAAAAAUGUUCUAAAAAGAGAGUGGGAUGUGUCCCGCACUGGAAUGCCUGAUUUAUUGUCAAGCGCACCUGUGCCUGCAUACUGGAAAUUCCUUCAUUUUUAAAUGCUAUUUUGGUAAAAAGCCGCGAUCUUAAAAAUAAAGAGACCAGAGUGGUUCUCAAGAGCGAUGCCAUAUAGGAGAACCAUUUUUGGUUCCCACAAGACCCAUCCAAUUGAAGGUUCCAGAGAGAACGUUUAUUUAUUUAUAUCUGUAACAGGCUCCAUGCAUAAAUAACCAAGAACAGAUGGCAGUAGGUGUGUGAAAUGUCACUGGGCCCCGAUUUUAAAAGGAUUCACACUGCAUGCAAUAGCACCUGCCGGCUAAGUCCACGUUUUCUUAAUCUAUUAAUGUCCAGAACAUACAUUAAAGAUUUCAGUUUUUUCCACCAUAUUAGGAAGCUUUUCAAAGCACAAA